AUGAGCAAGCCCAAGAAGAACGUCAUCGCCAUCGUUGGUACCACUGGUGUGGGAAAAUCGCAGUUGAGUAUAGAACUAGCGAAGAGAAUAAACGGCGAAGUCAUCAAUGCCGACUCCAUGCAAGUGUAUAAGAGGGCUCCACUUAUUACAAACAAGCACCCUCUUGAGGAACGAGAGGGAAUUGCCCAUCAUGUAAUGGACCAUGUGAACUGGGGAGAAGAGUACUUCAUUCACAGGUUUGGAGAAGAAGCUAAUGCUGCUAUCAAAGACAUCCAUGCACGCGGAAAGACGCCGAUCAUUAUUGGUGGUACAUUUUACUACCUUCAAAAGCUUUUGUUCAAGAACAAAACUGCUGGGGAUAAGGAAGAAAGUGCCAAACUACGAGAUCUCACUGCGGACGAGCAAGCAUUACUUGAUGGACCGGUUGAAGAAACCUUCAAGAAGCUUCAAGAGGUUGACCCGGUGAUUGCAGGAAAGUUUCAUCCUGUGGACCAGAGAAAGAUCAGACGAGCCUUGGAGAUCUACUUGACAACUGGAGAAAAAGCCAGUGACGUUUAUCGAGAGCAGAAACUCGAUGAGUUUGAAGACUCCUGUCUCAACUAUAACACCCUACUUUUAUGGCUUCACUGCGACAGGGAGGUUUUGCUGCACCGACUCGAUGUUCGUGUAGACAAGAUGAUGGAAGAAGGUGCAUUGCAGGAAAUCCAGGAACUUUACGAUUUCUAUAAGCAACAGGACCCGGAGCCUGACUGCAGUCGAAGCAUUCUACAGGUUAUUGGUUUCAAGGAGUUCUUGCCCUGGCUUCAAAGUGGUGAAACUGACCCCAAGCUCUUUGCGGAGGGAGUUGAAAGAAUGAAGAUCCGGACCCGGCAAUAUGCAAAGUAUCAGGUCAAAUGGAUCAUUAAGAUGUUGGGCGUUGAGCUUCACAAGGAGGCUCGCUUUCAUUACAUGUAUGGAGGGAAAAUGUACCUUCUAGAUGCCACAGACUUGAGCAAUUGGGGAAGCUUGGUGGGCGAUAGAGGAGUGAGAAUAGCGCAACAGUUUUUGGAAUCUGGUCCGUCCAAAGUAACAGAGCCUGAGGCACCAGAGCAUUUGAAGCAGCUUUUACCUACAUCCGAGUUUUUCGAGUCCUUCAAGAGUAACAAGCUCAAAGAGAGCAGUGCCAAUUGGAAACACUUUGAGUGUUCGGUAUGCAAGGAUCUGGAGGGGCGUCCGCUUGUGGCUGUGGGAGAGACAAACUGGAAGAUCCAUGAGUCCAGCAGACGCCACCGGAAACAGCUUGCCUACAACGAGAGAAAGCGUACUCACGAUGAAGUGGUUGCCAAAUACAAGAAAAUGAAGGAAGAGAAGGAGGCAAUGAAGGCUGAGGCGCCUGCCCCUCCCAGUCAGUCCAGCAAAGCACCUAACGUCAUGUCCAAUCAGGGAGAGGUUUUCACAGGAGGUGCAACCACGUCUCAGCACGUGGACGCCGAGGACGACGACCAUUUUCAAAACACCACGUUUAAGCUAAAACGGACCCGUUCGCUCGGACUCUUAGACGAAUUCAUCGACCCAAGUGAGCAAGAGAAGAAGAUCGAGGCCCAGGCAGAAGCAAAGGAGCUGGAUAAUGCUGGCAAGGACGAGGAAUCGUCUCAGGAUGGGAAGAGCACGGGACUCAGAGUCAACACCGAUGCCCCUUCGGAGUCCAACAACCCCCAGUCUCCAACGGCAGCAUCCACCACUACGCCAACGCCACCGUUCCUUACCAGCCCGGAACUCAUUCCUCACGACGACACUGACGUCUCUGCCGAGCCUUCCAGACAUGUGGACUACCUCUCGCACCAGUGGGAUGUGGCCGACAUCAGCAAGUCAUGGAGGUAUGUUAUCUCUCGUAGAAAGAGUGUUGCCAAUGCGGCUCGUUUGGAGAACGCCAGUUGGCGAACGUGGGCUCAGCGGCGCUCCAACCUCAAGACCAUCAGUCCGGAAGCAGUCAACUGGUCUAAGGAGAGCGAUGUCACCUGGCUCUACGGACCCAUUCUCGACGAUGAUGACCACGACCACGGAGAUGAAUCCCGCCCAGCAUCUGAAACAGCCACCAAUGCCGUGGCCGGCGAUGUCGCCAUUGCCCGCAGAACGUCGGGCCCCAAACCAAUCCUCAAAAAGCGUACCGUGGAAGACAUGAUGAUCAGCCACCUGAACUUGCGGAAGCUUGAAAUUGCAUCGGCUCGUGCUGACCAAGAGCAAAGCCGUCGUGAAGAAGCUGAGCAUCAGGCUAGGCGAGAAGCUGCCGUCAAGGCCGGUGUGUCAGAGAGGCCGCCAGAGUACUUUGACUAUAACGCCAUUUCCGCCAAGUUGAACUCACAGUACAAGAACUUCUCCCAAAAUAACUCCCAGAACAACUCAAGUGCCGAUUUGCCGGAACUUGAAGCCACCGCCUCGCAUGCCUCCGACCACUCUGAGGCCUCCCAGUACGGCUUAGAGAGACUUGCCUCACCGCAACACGACGCCCAUGCAUCCCCCUUACGAUCUUCCUUUGCUCAUUCAGAGAAGCCUCCAAAACAGGACCGCCAUGUUAGGUUUAACGGCGAAGUCCGCCAAUGCAUGGCCAUUUCUGACCCAUCAGCACCUACAAGCUAUUAUGCUGAUUCUGAAGAUGAUGGUGAAGAGGAGGAGGAUGGGGACUACAAUCUAGGCAGUGAAAGCUAUUAUGAAGAUACCGACAUGCACUCAUUGGACUCCGAAGGUGAGGACGAUGACGAUGAUGAUGAUGAUGAUGACGAAGAGGGAGGUUUCUUCUUGAAGGUGCCCUCGUCUUCAAGUGCCAGCCACCAUCCCGGCUUGUACAAGAGAGAGGAUAAUAAACUUGAGAGAAAGGAUACACCACACCCCUCGACCCUCAAACGCUACAGCACGAUUGAGUUACUUCCUUCCACAACAUUGAACUACGGUACUUCUGACGAGGAGAGUGAUGAUGAGAACCCAUACACAUCCAGUUUAUCGCAUAAUGUGGGCAAUUUCAGUAAUAGAGGCUACGACUACCACUACGAUUACAAUACAGUUUAUCAGGUGGAUCCCAACCACGCCAUUUAUGGCUCGGGCGGGAGAGACAGGGCUCCCGACGUGGUCGACGUGCCAGAAAAUAUUGCAUUGGGAUCCAACUUCGAUUAUGAGAUCAUCGAAAACGAGGAUAUCCGCAACUUUGAUAAUGCCCCUCUUGAUGUCAUCAAUUGUGGUCAUGACAACAACAACCCAAACUCAGAAAAAUUGCCCAUUUCUUCACUUGAUGACUCCGCUGCACCCACCAAUAAACCAAAGCCAAAUCCAUUCUCUUUAGAUGGGAGUGACUCGAGCUCUGACAGCGAUAGCGAGGAAGAAGGACUCUCUAUCAGCGCACGCAACUCGAGCUCGUCGCUUGCACAGCUGGUGUUUGGCGGUGGUAUGACUGCAACAGAAAACAAGCAGGACGAGUCCAACUAUCCUGAACAUAUUAACAAGUCCGAUGAGCCUCUGGAGGGUCACAUUUCCGAGAUCAACCCAAGGUAUUCUUCGACAAGCUUGCUGAAACAGCCACAUUCUUCGAGUUCGCUUUCUGGCCAAUUCUUCUCGGGAGCUGGCGGACUCUCGAAGACAGAGUCCAGGUCUGAAGAGCCAAGCGCCUUAUCGGACAUGUUCUUCAACCCAACGCCGAAUAAUGCAACACAACAGUUAGAGCCAGAUGCAGCGGACAAAACCCGGAGAGGUGAAGGAGCCACGCUGCCUCCACUUCAGAGAAAGGCAUCGCCAUUGCCCCCUCACACCACAUCUGAGAAUGCAUUUCUGGGAAAGGCAUCUCCACCGAUCGUGAAACAGCCAUCUAGAGGUGGAUUUGUGCUUGAGUCCGACUCUGACUCUGACUCCGAGGUUGAAGAUGCUCGGCCACCAUCCGAAGGCGCGAAGAGUCCUGAUAGCUAUUCCUCGUUGUAUAAAGUUGCUGGUGAGAAUGGCCUCAACGUCUCGUCGUCAGACUCCGAUGAAUCCAAUAAUCAAAGGCGAGGUAAGGGGCUGGGUGUGGCAAGUUUCCUUGGAAGCUGGAACAAAAAUAGCAGCUAA